AUGGCGAAUUCUGGGAACCAGGUUGACAACGACCAUGUUGACAAUGAUGAUAAUGCCGGUGAUGCAGAAUCCAAAACCUCACCUAAAACCCCUAGAGCAAAGGCAUCUCCUCCAGCAGCAGCGCUAGUAGCAGGAACGUCAAUGGGAGGUGGAGCAGGAACGGGAACGGGAGCUGUGGAAAAGGAUCCGUCGUGGAUGAUGGAGAUGCAGGAAACAUCAGAGCCAGGUUUUCCUGUUGCAAGAGUUGUUAGAACCCCAGCGUCGAGAGGAAAGACUGUAACCAAAGUGAAAAAAGAACCUGCUGAUCCUAAAGAGAAGAAUCAAUCAGGCACAAAGUCAAAACCUGAUUUAAAAGACAAAAACGAAGAAACCCAGAUAAUCAAUAUAAGCGAUGUUUCACGCCCACUACAGUCUAGACGAGUACAGAUCCCUUCCCUGCAAGACGAAGACGACUCAGCGAUUGAAGCUAUGAAGAAACGCUUAGAUAAGCUGGUGGAACAUGCAAAAAAUCCACCUGCUGAGAAGGAAAAAAGGGGACGCAGCCUUGCACCUACCCAGGUUUCACCCUACCUUGGUAACUCAGUGGUGAGACGAAUCAUGGACCCAGCAGGUCCCCCUCCUGGGAGGGAAAAACAGUUGGCGAGUCCAUAUGCAGGAGGAGAAUUUUACCUGACACUAAUGACCCCUAAAGAAAAAUGGCCGAGAAAGGAGUAUGGGUGGUUGCAUGAUCAGCAUAUGUGCAAAGGAUUAGACAUGUUCCGGCAACGGUCUAUGCGGUAUCCAUCUCCUUACAAAGGGGGAAGAGUUGCUUUCAUUGAUCCUAUCUUUUGUCGAGUUUGGUGUGGAGACUACCGAACCAAAUUUCUACCAAACAAGAAGAGUUGGAUAUUCAGUGAUGGUUAUUUGGACGUUGCCAACGGUCACUACGACCAUUACUUGCCUACACACAAGAAAUGGGGGACAGAUGUUGAUUUCGUAAAAGGCGAGGUGGAGGAGUCUGUGAAGCCCUACGCGAGGAUGAUUCCGCUGUUGUUGAAACAUAUGGCACCACCGGAGCUCAAGAAGGGUAUGAAGGAGGGGCAGUUUCAUAUCUACAUGUAUAAAACAGCGGCACUAAACAGACAGACAGGUGAUUGUGGCAUCAUUACUUUGAAGACCAUUGAGUGUUUGGCUUUGUGCCAUAAAUGGGACCAGCUGAAAGAUAGCAACAUGCCUCUCAUUCGUAUGAAAUACGCAGCUGAGAUUUUUGAUGAGGUACAUGAAGCUGAUGAAUCCCGGAUGUCUGAUCCUAACCCUCAAAGUUUAUUUGAUGACAAGUACGGUUUUCAGACAGACUCCGCUAACUGA